UUUUAUUUUCUUAACCUUUUUAAUUAUGUAAAGCUCUUCUAAAUUUUAGUGUAACAAACUACUUUUUUUAUUAAAAACAAAACACAAAUUGUGAAUAGAGGAAAGAUAAAAAAGUUGGAGCAGAUAAUUUAAUUUCUACAGAUUAAAUAACAAUAGCAAGGCCAGCAAUAUCAGUAGAUUUCCAAACGCACUCAACACAGGCAACGUAAGUUUCAACAAAAACAUGCAGGCCCACCAUGCCAUGGCCGAUUUUCGCUGCCGCAGCACCUGCACCCACAAGGAAUGCCAGCGUCAUGCGCACCUCGGCAUUGUCGAUGAACAUGAACAAUGCAAAUGUCUCGGCGAGGUAAAUGCCUCAUCCAUCUUCUUAGAGAACGUCUUGGACUUGGCCAACACGCUAGCGCAAAUUAUGAUCAUCUGCGGCAUACACGAAUGCAAGGCUAAGUCUACAGUCGAUGUGACCACCUACGCUUUUCUACACUACGAUCAGGUUUGCUACUGCAUUGAUACCACGCCCAAGAAGCGAAUACGCAAAGAGGAUCUCUUUCAUGAGCUUGGCAAGCGCUGCUUAAUGAAUCGUGUCGAGGCUCAUCUCGCCUACACGAUUAUUAAGCGCGGCUUCAAGGCUUUCUAUUACAAACCAAGCGACGAUCAACUAGCCAAUGACGGCCGACCCACCUUCUCUGAAGAAUGCGUUUAUGUGCAUGCGGCGCGCAAGACGGCCGAAAGUUAUGCGCGCUACGAUGGAUUGUCGUGUGAGGAGGAACGCGGUUUUGAGGCGAAAAUCAAAGUGGCCUACAAAAAGUUCUACGAUCGCAUGCAGACACGUAGAACCCAACCGGAGGGCGAGGAUUGCAAUUGUUGCUUUUGCGCUAAAAAGCGUGGCCAUCUCAUCUAUGGCAAGCAGCCACCGCGUGAUACACCUAAAAAGAAGGAAGCGCAUCGCUGCCCGUAUUGCUGCCAGAAGAAGAAGAAGAGGUUCAUACAUCCUGGACGCGCAGGUGCGAAAUGUCCGAAAUGUCAUCGCGCGAUGCGUUAUUGUAUUUGUCCGAGGUAUGAGUUUAACUUGGAUUGGGUUAAAAGUAUUUGGGUGCGACCAGAUAUGGAUCUGUACUAUAAAGAGACAAUUGAAGAGCGACCGUUAGCAAAGAGCGGUUGCGAACCAGAAGAACCAGAUCCAGAGAUCAAAGGAUGUGAUUCGCAAGAGGUGAUUAAAGAAGAAGUGGAAGAAGAAGAAGGAGAACGGGGAAAUGCUAGCCCAGGUGAGGUGCCUACUGCUGCACCGAAGGAUAUCGAUAUGGUCGAAGACGAAAGGGAUGACGGUGAAUAGAAGACGCGAUGGAGGGAUGUAAAAGGAAAAUAAGCAGAUACAGACAAUUCCUAAGUGCUAAGCGUUAAGCUGGAAAUGGCAAGUCUGGCAGUUAGAAAACUGGAUAGACUGAUUGAAUGAUAAGAAGAGGAUAAGACAGUAAAAGCUUGAAUAGUGCGCUUUUGAAAUACGAAACUUUAAUAUUACAAUAAAAAAGGAAAAAUCAAUUUU